CACGGCCCCAGUUGCGUCUAAUCGGAUUAGAUGAUUGCGGGUUAACACGCGUCUCUCCGCCCUGCGCGGGACAGCCGCGCGCUACAUUGUCCGGUAAACAACUUUUUUUUAAAUUCCUUUUUAAAGGACCCUUAAAGCACCACGCGCUUUCGAAACUGCUUCAACUAAAACAAGUUUUGUUUUUACGACCGAGGAACGGCUCGACUCUGAAGGUGUCUGCUGAGUAAACAAACCGGUAGAUUAAAGGAGGCCAAAGGUAUGUCUGUAGCCGGGGUUGUUUCGGGGAACUAAGUCACUUUUUUUAUUUGGAGUUUUAGUUUCUGUUAUGCCCGCGCACCGCUGCCCUCUGCCCCGCGGACAGUGCUCUGCGCUCGGGGGUUAGAUGGUGCUGAUCACGGACGACAGGGAUGGAGGAGGCGCCUCGUCGCUCCGCGUCAAACAGCUGCAGCAGAAAAAAGUCCACCCGACGAUAACCGAGGAGCUCCUGACCCACCAAGAGGAGCCAGGCUCGUGCGAGGAAGAGGACGAGGAUGAGGAGAGCGAGGAGGACAGUGACGAGUUUGAGGAAGUUGACUUCGAGGACCUGGAGGACUGCAGGAGCAUCGUCUCGGACGACUCCUUCUAUCCGCCGGAUGAUGCGUUCGCGGACUCGGAGCGCAGUCCGUCUCCGGAGAGUCCCGAGCCGCUGACGUUCUUCAAGGCGUGCUGCACGAACAACGCGGCUAUCGUCCGGAUAAUGAUACGGCACGGGGUGGGGGAGGAGGAGGUGAAGGAAAGGGACAGGAACAACCGGACAGGGCUGCUGGUGGCAUGUUACCAAGGUUUUGUGGACGUGGUCAUAGCGCUGUCCCAGUGUCCGUACUUAGACGUCAACUGGCAGGACAACGAAGGAAACACAGCUCUCAUCACAGCUGCUCAAGCAGGCCAUAUAACAAUCACCAACUAUCUGCUGAACUACUACUCUGGGCUGGACAUCGAGAGACGAAACUGCCACGGCUUCACCGCUCUGAUGAAGGCAUGCAUGCAGGGCAGGGUGGAAUGCGUGCGCUCGCUUAUGAUGGCAGGAGCUUCUCUGAAUGCGAGGGACUUCGGUCGCAACCUGACACCCAGGGAGUGGGCUGUAUUCACAGGCCGCUACGAAACAGCUUGGGUGAUGACGCGCCUGAUGGAGCGGUCCUGUCCAUCCCAGUUCUGUGAUGCCUACAGUUUAGAGUGGCGUCCGCUGGCAUCCCUGGUGAGCAAAGCCCAAGAGCCUCGCGGGUGUCUGAAGCGGCUGUCGGACACCGUGAGAAACAUCUUCAACAUCGCCAAUGUCACCAACCCAGAAGACGAAGGAGUCAUCGAUCACAUGGUGUCUGUCACGACUGCCAUGAGAAGCCCGUUUAUCGCCGUGGCGUGUCGGACUGUGUGUCCUGAUAGUCCUCCGUGUGUGGGCAAACGGCGUUACGCAGUCCCCGAGAUCCUCCGUAAGCAGCGCACCAAAGCGCUCCGCGCCACCAACCCUGAAAGGAUGGACAGCCAUCUUAAAUUCUUCCAAAACUCUCAGGUCACCCUGGUGGCCAAGAACUCAGAGGACCGCCGAUCCAGUCUUCAAGUCCACAGACUGGUGCCUCGGAACAGGAGCUCCAGUCUUGAUGUGGUUGCUCAGGCACUGGAGCUGAGGAGAACCAGCCUGCUGCCUUUGCACAUGGUGCUGAGAAGGAGCAGCGUCAGGCCGGGCUUCAGCGUCCCCAAAGUGAGGAUAUCAAAGGCCCCCACACCCACCUACGAGCCGGAACGAAUCCGCAGGAAGAGCAGCGCCGUCGACGGAGCUGGGAACCUUCUGCAGAUUCCUAAGUGGCGUUACAAGGAGGUGAAAGAGGAGAGGAGGAAGGCAGAGGAGGCUGAGAGGAAGAGGCUGGAGGCAGCAACCAGGAGACACACUGCGGCAGGGAAAAGGAAAUAACACGUAUACCUCAGGGAACCGACUUCUCUUUAUCCUGCAAAAGGUUCAAUCCGGACAGGACGUGACACCAGAAUGAUUCGGUGAUGUUUUUUUGACCUACAUGCAUCCAGGGUGGGAUGAUUGUUCCAUAAAAAUGUAAAGAUGAUGUCAAGUAGCCACUUACAAAGUGACUGACACCACUCUCACAGCAUUACGGCAACAAACCAUUUUUUAGGUUAAAAAAUGAAUCCCAGGAAGUUCUCUGCUUGAAAAAUCUCUAAUUAAUUUAUUUUUUAUUAUUAUUUAUUGUAUUUUUAAUUGAAAAUGUUUUACACUGAAGCGGAGAAGGAGACGAAGGACGGCACCAACACAUGAAGCACAUUCAACUUUUUGCUUAAAACAGAAAAAAUCGUGUAGCGUCUGAUCAACCACACUUUGUGUUACUUCAAGAAAGAGUCAGGUUUAUAAAAGUAAGAAUCUAUUCUACAAGCAAUUUAAAACAUGACUAAUUAACUAAGCAUUUACUGUGAGUGGAUGCAGCUAAACGUGAGGAAGGAACCUGUGUGUGAAUGCGAUGUCAGUCAGAGCUUCCUUAUCAAAGUAAGCUGAGUUCUGGUGAAAAGAAUUUAGUUUGCUCUAAGCUGUAAAGUUCUUAUCAUCAGAAGAACAUUCAGACGCAAUCUGUCAUGUCUACUUCGCCCAUUUCAAAGAGACCCUCUUGGCGGAUCUGAAAGUCACAGGGGUCGGCUGACCGCUGGCACCGGAGGGCUGUAGAAAACCGUGGUACAGACUCCAGUCCAGAGAUGUCUCGGGUCACAACAGCUGGAUGGAACCGUGCGUCUGGCGGACUCUUAAGGAGUCUAACAAUAUCAGCUUUGUUUCUGCAGGAACUGUUUGCUCAUCAGCUUUGCAGGUGCAAAAAGGUUUUGACGACGUAUCAAAAUCUUUGGUGGUUGAAGAGGUUUUGCUACAGAUGGCCGGUCUGAGCGAUUCCCUAGAACUGUUGAAUCUCUCAGAAUGAUCUAGUUUUAAGGUUUAGCUGUUAUGAUUUGCACAACCAAUCAGAGGCUGACAAGUUUGGAGAUGUUUUACCAAGGCAACUCAGAAACACACCCUCUUUGAUAUCGGAAAGCCUGACUGGUAAAAAAAAAAAAAAAAAACAAGUUAUGUGUUGUAGUGUUAACUUAACCGUACUUGUUAUUGUGUGGAUGCAGGUGUGAGGACCUUGUCGUCAAAACAUGGUGAACACAUGGCGAGUUCUAGUAGACACACAUAGCAUAACAUCCAUUCAGUGUGCACAGAUUAGUGAAGCAUUUCAUUAUACUAUAAUUAUUAUAAGUAGUAAUAAACAAAUGUUUAUUUAAUGAUUAUCUAGAUUAUAAGUCAUAGAAGAAGUUCAUAUUGAUUUAAUAAAUCAUUCUUGAAUUUAGCAACUGAUUCGAGCUGGAGUUCUUCUGUGGAGGCAGACAGAUGGGACCUUGGGAAAGAAAGUUAUUGUUUAUCUGAAUCCCAGCUGGUGUAAAGGCAGACUCAUUUAAAAGGAACACAUGCAAUGUUGUGUCUCCUUUCUGACCAGAUGUUGAAUAGAUGGUGGAAGGUCAGGCUGUACCUAAACUGACCAUUGCUGGACGCUACAUAACCCCCCUUUCCAAGGGCACGGGGUCCUGGCAGAAACCACGGGUUGGAACAAGUCAGAGGCCCUAGGGACUCAGUCGAGGAAGCGCAGGUUAGUUUCCAGGCAAAGGCCCCUGGAGUGAGGAAAGCAAACUCACACACCAGAGAUUUGUCAAAGUAGCUCCUCAAACAUAAAAAAUAACCCACUUAACAGGAUCCUCAGGAAAGAAAACAGAUGACCAGGGACCGGUCCAGGCCCCAGGCGACCCGCAGACCUCCCGUAGGCACGGCAGGAACCACAGGCAAAGGCCCCUAAGCAUUUAGUCCCAUCCAAUCACAGAAAAUGCUUAGUUCACUUAUCAUGUUAUAAUUGUAAUAAAAUAAUUUCUUACUUUCAUAAA